UAUUAUACACACACACAUACACACACCUCAUCACACGCUCGCUCUCUUUCGGCCGCCACACAACACCCUCAAUUCUCUUCUCUCAAUUUCUUAAACCCUUUUUCCAGUCCCUAUUUUAUCUUGAAAGAUUUCCCCUGCUUUCUAUCAUCUGAUUUCAAUCAAAUACAGGUGUUUGGAGAGUAGAUAUGGCUGGGAAAUCGAGUAGAGGGCGGAAUAAGAAAGGGUCACAAAACGCUGCCACGAAUGCGGCCACAAAUGCGACUCAACAGGUAGUUGCGUCGAAUGGUCAUCCGAAAGAAAACGUUAACUCUGUUGUUGAAGAACAGAAGGUCGAUGCUAAUGGGGUUCCGCCUUUGCCUGAGACAGUAAAUGCACAGCCGGAGGUCAAGGAGCCAGAAAAUGCAAGUUCAGAGAACCAGGUUAAGCAAGGUGACAUUCAUCUUUUCCCUGUUCCUGUCAAAACACAAUUUGGUGAAAAGCUUGAGUUGCAAUUAAGUCCAAGUGAUUCUGUUAUGGACGUUAGGCAAUUUCUUCUUGAUGCUCCUGAGACAUGCUUCUUUACUUGCUAUGACUUGUUAUUGCACACCAAGGAUGGGGCAACCCAUCAUUUAGAAGAUUACCAUGAAAUUUCUGAGGUUGCUGACAUCACUUCUGGAGACUGCUCUUUAGAGAUGAUUGCAGCUCUAUAUGACGAUAGAUCUAUCCGGGCACAUGUCCACCGUACCAGAGAAUUGCUUUCAUUAUCAACAUUGCACUCCUCAUUAUCAACUUCACUUGCAUUGCAACAUGAGAUGGGGCAGAAUGCAGCUGCAAAUUCAGGAGAACCGGCAAAAACUGAGGUUUUGGAGCUUGAGAACUUGGGUUUUAUGGAAGACGUCUCUGGUUCACUUACAAGUUUGCUGUCUUCUCCUUCUAAAGAGAUUAAAUGCGUAGAAAGUAUUGUGUUUUCAUCCUUCAACCCUCCCCCAAGCUACAGAAGGCUUGUUGGGGACUUAAUAUAUCUGGAUGUGGUCACAUUGGAAGGCAGCAGAUAUUGUAUAACUGGAACCACAACGACAUUUUAUGUUAAUUCAAGCUCUGGAAAUAUUCUUGACCCAAAACCGACUAAAGCUGCAUCUGAAGCAACUACCUUGAUUGGACUUUUGCAGAAGAUUAGCUCUAAGUUCAAGAAAGCUUUUCGCGAAAUGUUGGAACGGAAGGCUUCUGCUCAUCCCUUUGAAAACAUCCAGUCAUUGUUGCCUCCAAAUUCAUGGCUUGGAUUGUCUCCUGUUCCUGAACAUAGACGUGAUGCAGCAAGAGCAGAAAAUUCACUUACUCUCUCUUUUGGGAGUGAAUUAAUCGGUAUGCAAAGAGACUGGAACGAGGAAUUACAAUCUUGUAGAGAGUUUCCUCAUUCAAGCCCUCAAGAAAGGAUUUUGAGAGAUAGAGCUCUUUAUAAGGUUUCAUCUGAUUUCGUUGAUGCUGCAAUAAGUGGUGCUAUUGGAGUCAUCAGCAGAUGCAUUCCACCAAUUAAUCCAACUGAUCCAGAAUGCUUUCACAUGUACGUUCACAACAACAUAUUCUUCAGCUUUGCUGUUGAUGCGGAUCUCGAGCAGUUAUCUAGGAAGCAGGCAUUAGAUUCAAACUUGAGCUCUACUGAGAAGAUGUUGAGCAAAAUAUCCAGUGGAGCGCUCAGGGUGAAUGGGGACAAGUCCGGCGAGAAUCACAAUGUCAAUGCUGCCGUGGAGGAGGGUUCUUCUGCACCUACUGAGGCACAGUUGGCCGAAAGUGAACAAGCCACAUAUGCAUCUUCCAAUAAUGAUCUAAAAGGCACCAAAGCAUACCAAGAAGCUGAUGUUCCUGGAUUGUAUAAUCUUGCCAUGGCCAUUGUUGAUUACAGAGGUCAUAGAGUAGUAGCACAAAGUGUUCUACCGGGAAUAUUACAAGGUGACAAAUCUGAUUCCCUUCUGUAUGGGUCUGUUGACAAUGGCAAGAAGAUUUGCUGGAAUCAAGAUUUCCAUGCAAAGGUACUGGAAGCUUCAAAACGCCUGCGAGUAAAGGAACACACAGUUCUUGAUGGAUCAGGAAAUAUUUUCCAAAUAGCUGCACCAGUUGAAUGCAAGGGCAUUGUUGGAAGUGAUGAUAGGCACUAUCUAUUGGACUUAAUGAGAGUCACUCCACGUGAUGCAAAUUAUACAGGAACAAAUUCCAAGUUCUGUAUCUUGAGACCAGAAUUAAUAACCGCCUUUUGCCAGGCUGAAGCAGCAAAGAGUUCAAAAGAUAAGCACGAGACGCAGGAAACAUCUGCAUCUGCAGACUCUUCUACUGUUGACAAUGUUGAGCAAGAAAGUCUAACCGAAACUGCCAAAAAAGCAGUAACCUCUGAUGCUAAUCAGCAUGAUUCGGGAGAUGCUAAAACAGUAGUUGAAGAAUCAGGAUCUAAGACUGCUGAGGUGGCACAUAAAUCCGAGGAUAUAAGGUUUAAUCCUAAUGUCUUUACCGAGUUCAAGUUGGCUGGCAGUCCUGAGGAGAUUGCUGCCGAUGAAGAAAGUGUACGGAAGGUCAGUUCAUAUUUAAAGGAUACCGUGCUUCCAAAAUUCAUACAAGAUCUUUGCACACUUGAAGUUUCACCAAUGGAUGGCCAGACACUCACUGAAGCACUACAUGCCCAUGGAGUUAAUGUUCGAUAUAUUGGCAAAGUAGCUAAUGGAACAAAGCACUUGCCUCAUUUAUGGGAUCUUUGCUCGAAUGAGAUCAUCGUUAGAUGUGCAAAACAUAUCCUUAAGGACAUCUUGAGAGAUGCAGCAGAUCAUGACAUUGGACAUGCAGUUGCACAUUUUUUUAAUUGUUUGUUUGGAGAUUGCCAGGCAGCAUCUGGGAAAGGUGUUGGUAAUAACACACAGUCAAAAAACCAGAAGAAGGACAUUGUGGGCAAUCAAGCUUCAGGAAAAUCAACAAAGGGGCACUCAAGGUCGAAAGUUGUCGGCAUUACUACUAAAAAACAAGCUUCCUGUCUGAAUCUCAGCUCUGAAAGUUUGUGGUCUGACAUCUUCGAAUUUUCAAAAGCUAAAUAUCAGUUUGAAUUGCCGGAGGACGCAAGGUCUCUUGUGAAGAAGAUUUCAGUUAUUCGCAAUCUUUGUUUGAAGGUGGGGGUAACCAUAGCUGCCAAAAAGUAUGAUCUUAGUGCGGGAACACCUUUCCAAACAUCCGACAUAUUGAAUCUUCAACCUGUAGUGAAGCAUUCAAUACCUGUAUGUCAAGAAGCAAAGGAGUUGGUUGAAACAGGAAAAGUCCAGUUGGCUGAGGGAAUGCUUAACGAAGCAUACACUUUAUUUACAGAAGCUUUUACCAUACUUCAGCAGGUCACGGGUCCAAUGCAUCGUGAGGUUGCUAACUGUUGCCGUUACCUAGCGAUGGUUCUUUAUCAUGCCGGAGACAUGGCUGCGGCCAUCAUGCAGCAGCACAAGGAACUUAUUAUAAAUGAACGGUGCCUUGGUCUUGACCACCCUGACACAGCUCACAGCUAUGGGAACAUGGCCCUGUUUUAUCAUGGACUUAACCAAUCAGAACUUGCAUUGCGACACAUGUCCCGUGCACUGCUUCUAUUAAGCCUGUCAUCUGGCCCAGAUCAUCCUGAUGUUGCUGCAACAUAUAUUAAUGUUGCUAUGAUGUAUCAAGAUAUAGGAAAUAUGAAUACGGCUCUUAGAUAUUUACAAGAAGCAUUAAAAAAGAAUGAGAGACUUUUGGGUGAAGAGCAUAUACAAACUGCUGUAUGCUAUCAUGCACUUGCAAUUGCAUUCAACUGUGUUGGUGCCUACAAGCUCUCUCAUCAGCAUGAAAAGAAGACGUAUGAAAUACUUGUAAAGCAACUCGGAGAGGAUGACUCGAGGACUCGUGACUCGCAGAACUGGAUGAAAACUUUUAAAUUGCGGGAAGCGCAGUUGGCAGCACAAAAGCAGAAAGGACAAGCUGUUACUGCUCAAGCAGCAUUAGAUAUUUUAAAGGCUCAUCCUGAUUUGGUACAAGCAUUCCAAGCAGCAUCUGUUGCGGGUGCUUCAGGUAAUGGCGGCAACAAUAGUGCAGUUGGCGGUGAAAAUCGGAGUGGUAGGGGUGUUGAUGAAAGAUCUGCCCGUGCUGUGACGGAAGCAAGGAAGAAAGCUGCCGCCAGGGGUCUAGUAAUCCGGCCACAUGGUGUCCCAGUCCAGGCUAUGCCACCACUUACCCAACUUCUCAACAUUAUUAACUCUGGCAUGACACCUGAAAACACCUCCAGCGACAACACUAAUGGGGCCACUCCUGUUGAGCCAGCCAAAACGGAGCAACAGGGUCAGGCACCAGUUGGGCUAGGUGUAGGGUUAGCCGCCUUGGACCCCAAGAAACAGAAGCAAAACCAAAACACGAAGUAAGUCUGAUUUUUUAAAUUUUCUAACGUUUACUAAACUAGCGAGUGGAAAGUGUUAUUCCUGGUUUUUGGUUCCUGGGAGUAUGAGGAUACUGUGUUGGAUCAAGUCUACUACAUUGCUAGCUGUUGGUACAUGCCCGAUGGAUGAUGUUGAGAUUUUAAAGGGAUUUGAGAGAACUAAAUUCUUUUUUGCAAUAAUUAUUGGCCAUGAAACUUAUAAAUUACGGUUUCUACUGUCACAAAGAGCGAGGUUUUUUUCGCUUUUUAAGUUGUAUUUUUGACGUAAUGUAAAACAUCUCAAUGUUAUGAACGAUGUUUUUUUUCUA